ACACGAACAAAGUUUUGACAGCGAACAUGGAAAGUCUCCCUUGAAAACAUAAAUAAAUGGCCACCGUUUAUGUUACGUUCUUCCUAAUCGUUCAAUUCUAUGUUUGUAAAAUGGAGGAUGAUAGCGAAGAUAGGUUAAUGAAAAUAUCAAGGAGAGAAACACGUUGGAGCAUGAAUUCCCAAAGACUAGAAGAAAUAGUGGCGGAGUUGAUGAAGCCCAUCAGCGACGUCCGCCGAAACUUCGACACGGACCUCAGCGCGUUGUUGGAGGAAUACCUGACGGAGGCGGGGCUCCAUGCUCUGGAGCAGAGCGAGGAGAAUGACCCAAGCCCCACAGAGCCCAACUUUGCGGAGAUAGCUCUGUUACUGCAGCAGUCAGCUAAUAUUUACAGUCGGAAAGUUGACUUCCUGUACCAACAUGUGCUCAGUGUCAGUGACUCUUUAAAUAAUAGCAUAGCAGAAGAAACAGUUCAUGAAGAUGCGGAACAAGUGCAAUCAUCGUCUGCAAAUAGACGAAGGACCAGAGGCCAAGUGGGGCCUGAGGAGUUUGAGCCCAUAGCACUGGAGCCAAGCGCGAGUGCUCGCAGGGACUGUGUAGGGCUUCGACCUCCACCGACCCUCCCGCGCAUGUACAUAGAACUCGAGCCGCGCCAGCUCACUGACGCCGAUGUGCAGCUACAAGAUGCUGCAGGGGAGCCUAUCGGGGUUCUGGCCGACUUCCACGUGGGCUGGAGAUUACAGGGUGGUUUCCUAGUGGAAGAGCUGGAGUCCACAGAGUACAGCGGCGGGCCGCAGCUGCUGGAGCGGCUGCGCGCGCCGCCGUCCCCGUCGGGGGGGCCCGCGGUGCCGCCGCUGACGCUGGGGCAGCUGGCCGCGCCGCCGCCGCCCCCCUCGCCCUUCCCGCCGCCCUCGCCCUUCCACUGCUCCACGCCGCUGCCGGCCCCCCCGCCGCUGCCGCCGCCGCCGCCCAACAAGCGCGAGCGCAAGCGCCGCUGCGACGCGCUACCGGACGCCGGCGCCGCCGCCGCCGCCAAGCUGCUCGUGUGCGAAGAGGUGCUGACGAAGCUGAGCGGGUGCGGCGCGUGCGGCGAGUUCAGCGAGUUCAGCGUGCCGCAGCGCUGGAUCCGGCGCGUGGUGGAGCGGCGCAGCGGCGCCGUGCUCGCCGCGCGAGUGCGCGCGCGCUCCCGCGCCCCGCCCGCCGAUUUCAGAGGGUUCGAUAUCACUGAUGGAUCUGAUGCUGGAGGUUUCCUGGGCUGGGUGUCGGCGGAGGCGCAGGAGCGGCUGGGCGCCACGGCGGCCGAGCUGCGGCGGCUGCGGCCCGACGACAGCGAUGACGACGGCUUCUUCGAGCUCAGCUCCUACAGCGACGAGCACGCGCCCUCGCCGCCCGCGCGCCCGCACACCCCGCACACCCCGCACACCCCGCACAACCCGCCAGACGCGCACACCCCGCCCGACGCGCACAACGACACGCAUAACAUUACUUCGCUGAACCAGAACCCCGAGUGGUACCUGUGGCGGGAGCGCGUAUUGGCGCGCAGCAGCGAGGCGGCGCCCGACGUGCAACUCACCGCCGCGCGCCUACUUCGCCGCCUCCGCCCCGCCACGCCUUCGCUUCGUCCCGCCUCCCCUUCGCCCGCCGCGCCUACGCCUCGCGCCGCGCACGUAGACGAGCUGUUGCGCGCGGAGAACGAAGAGCAUGGGACGCAUCCGGCUCAUCUUACGCUCGCCACGCUCUUUCUGGCGAACAGCGGCAACAUUGAGAUCAUCCAAGGCGAACCUCUCACUGUAAACUCGUUCCACGUGCGGCUCGUGUCCGACGACGAGGCGCUGCUGCGGCCCGCCGCUCUCGCCGCGCUCGCCGACUGCAGCUGAGACCGCUCGCACUAGCAGUGCUGUGUGUGCACUGCGGACACACAGACUGAGGGAUACACGCAUAAUAGUCAAAACAUCCGUGUGAGCAGCAAGAAAAAGCCUAUAGUGUGCUAAGAUACAAGAAAAGACGAAUGUUUGCAAGCAUUAACUGCAAUUUGUGCAUCACGGCGUAUCUACCUCUAGUUUGUUUAUAAUACAAUUAUAGAAGAUAAAUAAAAAAGUAUGUAUAACAUACCAUAUACUGAAAGGAAAGAUUAUACAGGUGCCAACCAUAAAAUGAUGAAAAUUUGCACAAUUCUUUGCUCCACGCUUCAAAUAUAAUAAGGCUAUGGACUUCCUCAAUCCUCGAUAUGAAAUAAUUCUAAAAACAUUGGCACACAUUAUUCAGAAUGGCACCAUAGAUCUGCAAUGAGUAAAAAAAAUCUUCAACAUAAUUCUUCAUACACACUGAAAUAAACUACCAUAGUAAAAUACCGUUGCAGUCACUGCCUCCUAGCAAUAUGAAGAUGGAUACCUUUAUUGAAGAUAUGAGCCUAUAUUGUAUAGGUAUCAAUUUGAAGUGAUAACAUACUGAUAGAUUUGUUGAUUAUGUUCCAAAUACUGUAUACAAACUGAGUAAAUGAAACAAACUCAUUAACAUAGGUUGUGUAAAUGUAUUACGCGAAGUAAAGUGACCUACGUGGUGCUACUGUGGAUUGAAUACAAGCAUUAGUGGAACAGGUUCAGUGGCGAUCUAAGUACUGUGUAUAUAUGUACAAUAUUGUUGACUAAGUUAUGAUCUAGUAGUAAGGGGUGUAAAUGAAGAUGAAAUAUCAAUCCAUGGUGACUUUUCAUAGAGCUUUAUUUAUAUGGAACUGUUGCUGAAUUAAUUGGUUUUAAUCCAGUGCUGAUAAUAUAUUUACUUGAAAAUUUAUAUUUAUACACAGCAAGAGUUAUCUAUUAUAUUUUAAUUUAAAAUAUUGUGUUGUAAAUUUCCACGAAAUAUUUAUUCAUCUUCAUUAACACGCAAAGUGCACACAAUUCCGCCUCAAGUUGCCUUUGGAUAAACUAGUUAUAGUCUGUUUUUACCCUCCUAUAUGAUCCGUGUUAUCAAUAACCCAUGUUUUCAACAUCAUAUAUAUUUCUUUACAAAUAACAAAUAACGCUAGGCAUAAAAAAUCUGUUAUAAUUAUAAUUAUUUAUAUGUUGAGGUCUCUAGGUAUUGUUUGGAAAUUGUUACAACUAACUUAAAUUUAAUUUCUUAGCAGCAGUGGUUGUUUGAAAAUUUAUAGUGUAAUUGUUCAGGUUCGUCUAGCCUUGUCUAGUCUUUUAGAUACUAUUGAACUAUAAUCAAAACAAAAAAUACGGCGUUUAAAACAUAUAGGUCUUCAAUAUGAUCAUAUGUACAUAAUAUUCUUAAUUCAAUAGUGAAACCAGAACUAUUAUAAUAUAAUUAUUGUUUGUUUGCUUCUUUCAUUACGAAGAUUAUAAUUAUCCAUUUGGUGAAACUGGAAAGCCCAUCAAUAGACAUCUUAGUAAAAAAUCAAUUCAAUAUAUGUAAUUAAAAAAAAAUUACAAAAAUGUAUGUUUGGAUAAUUUACUUUUAAAUGGAUUAAAAUUUAAGAAAUAUAAUUUAAUUAAUAAUUAUGUAAUGUCUUUUGAAAUUUCUUAAACAUUUUUGUAAGCUCAUAUUAGGACAAUUAAGGAAUACAUACAAAAACGGAAUGAGAAAAAACUAAGAAUUUGUAUAUAAAGUUGUAAAUAUUUGUAAAAAAUGUGAGGUUAUAAGAAUAUUUUGUAAUAUUCAGUAAAUAACAAAUAAUGUGUACAUAAAAAGUAUCAGUAUUUUUAAAAAACAAAGAUAAAUAUUACCAAAUAUUUGCUCUACCAGAGAUCCUAUCUGGUAAAAUAUGGAGUAAAAUAAUUUAUAUAAAGAAAGAAGUAUUGUAUUUGAAUAUUACAAAUUUAAACUCCGUGCAAUUUUAGUAUUUAAAAUAUGUUUAUACAUUGCAUUUCUGAACAUCAUUAUUUUGUCACAUUUUUUCAAAUACUAUGUUUUUGAAGAAUAGAUAUAAAUCCAUACAGAUCCUUGGCUACGUGUUUACUUUCAAGAAACUAUAUGGAACUUGUGUACAAUAUCAUGAGCUUUAUAUUCUAUGAUGAUGGGUUGACACAUGGGUGUUCAAGUUGCAUUGCUUUAAGUUAUAUAAGAUCUUAAUUACAAGUUGCCUGUAAUAAAAUAUAAUAAUAAAUAACAGGCCUCCUGUGAGGGUUCAGACCAUAACCCUCAUAGGAGGCCUGUGUCCCAGCAGUGGGAACAUAUAUGGGCUGAUGAUGAUGAUAAAUAACAAUUGUAUAUAUUGGUCAUGACGCUCAAUACUUUUUUUAUGUAUAUUGUACUGAGCCUCUUAUAAUGUCAACAUCAUCAUCAUUGUUAAAGUUAUGGAUCUCAGGUGUCUUUGUAUUCAGGUGUGGAUGGCCUUCAAAAUUAUAUUUUGUGUAUCUGCGUUUUAUUUCUAUUUGUUUUUUUUUAUUUUGUAAUUCUUUAAUCAAUUAAAAUUAAGCUUAAUUUUUUUUGUUAAUUAGCAUUCAAAUGCAUCAUAAAUGGAGAAAUUUUAAAGAAUAGAAAAAGAUCGAUCACGAGGCGGGAUUCGAAUCCGCGUCAUUUCGCCGAACCGUAGCAACGUCUAACCUCUAUAAUACCUCGUUUGAAUCGCGCAUCGUCAUACAAUUUUUUAUAUUCUUUAAAAUUUCUUAAAAUUUAGCUAUAUAGAAAAUUUAGUUUGCUUUUCAUAUUGGCAUGUGGAUUGUGGAUUGUUAUAUAAUUUUCGUUUAUGUUUAUAGCAUUUAUUGGACACAUUACUAAAAAUACUGAAAUGACUAAAUUUAUUGUCUUAUAUAAAACCCUCGUAAAACGGGUACUAUGAAAUGUGAAAUAUUUAGUACAGUCAAAACGUAAAUCAUGUAGAUGAACACUCAUUGACAAUUAUUUCAAUAAUAACCGUAGGUUUUCAAUACCGUGCAUAAAAUGCAUAUAUUUGUGAAGGUUUCAAUGUUUAUAAUUGUAAUAUAUUAUUUGU